AUGAAUGAUGUAGUAGAUGCUUCCUAAGAAACAGCAGUAAAUAGCUAAUACUUAUGCUUGCAAUAAUCUGAAAACUUGAUUAAAAGUAUAUAAAAAAAGCUGCUUUAGUUUAAAUAGUCCUCAGAAAAUUUGUAUUCUUGUCAGAAAAGUCUACAUGAAGACUUAAUAGCUCUCUAAGAUAAAUACUUAGAGAAGGAAAUUAAAGUUGAAAUUAACGCAUUUUUUGAUGGAUUUAGCCAAGCCUUGCUGUGUAUGUAGCAAUGCUUAAGCUCUGUACCACAAAAGAUAAACGAUUUUAUAUAAAAUAUAGAUAAAAUUACAAAAAAUUAAUGGAAAAAAAGAUAAUUUUUAAAAGAAAAGUAUGAACACUACCUUAACAAAGUAUAGGAUCUUGUUUUGAAACAAGAAGAACAAGCUGCUAAACAAAAUCCAAAUAGUUUCAUCCUUAGUGCAGGUACUGGAGUUGGAACUAUCUCCUUACAAUAAAGGAAAAAUAACCCAAAAGUUACAAGAAAUAACGAUAAAUUAAAAAAUUCAGCUAUAAAAUAUUAAGAUAUCAAUAAUAGAGUUGCUGAUGAGCUUUCUAAUUUGCUUAAAUUGAGAAAUGGAAUUAUAAGUACAAUAGGAAAGCAACUAACUGAUUCCCUUAUAGAAAAUAUUACACCUUUAUAAGCAACAAUUGAUUCAGUUAAAAAAAAAAGUGACUCUGUUGCAAUGAGUUAAAAUAGCAACAGAAGCAACAAUGGAGUUGCAGGAGGAACCAUAUUAAAUUGCAAUGCAAAGACAAAAUUUUCUUCAAUAAAUUCUAUUGAGCAAGAAUAGCUUGAAAGAGAAAUUACCAUUAGAGGCAUAUUUAAAAUACCUGCUACUAUGGAUCUCCCAGUGAUUCGUAGAAGGAGCAUUAAAAUAACAUAAGAUGGGUAAGUUGUAAACGAUCAUGGUGGUAACAACAAAAAAGAAUAUAAUCCUGUUCCUUUUGAAUCUAGCAAUCCAAAUGUAAUUAUUUAUCUAAGUCGUUUAGUCUAAUAAGAUAAAAACAUAUUUGACUUCGAAGAUUUUAACAAUAAAGAUGCCAAUUAGAAUGAAGAAAAUAGUGAUAAUUCUAACAACAACCAAGUUCAAGAUCACUCUGGUUUAGAAGGUAGUAUCGAGAGAGUUUACACCAACGAAAGUCACUCUAACGAUUUCGAAGAAAAUUCUUAAGAUGAAGAGGAAGAAGAUUAGUAAAACAACGUAAUUUGCUAUGACAGCGAUGACUCUAAAAGCAAAGAAAAUUCAUAAGAUUAAUAAGAUGAUCAAAAAAAAAACAAUAAUACUUCAAAAUAUCAAAUCAACCUUAAAAAUUUAUCUAUUUCUAAAGAUCCUAAAAAUAUCCAAAAAACAUAAUCAAAGAAGAAAAAGUCUUUAAAGAAGCAAUAAUAACAAAUCUUAUCUGAUAGUAUUUUUAGGUACGAAUAGGAAAGGAAAAAGCAACUUAUUAAUUAAAUAUUAAUAAAAGAAGGAGGAGGAAUAAUAUCAGCUGUCAAUCAACCAAUUAAUUGUAACUAGAAUCCUUAAUCAUAGAAUUCGUUUAACAAUUUCUUUUAAAACCAGCAAGUUUCUAAUUAUCAACCUCAAAAUAAGCAAUAAAUAUCUCCAUAAAGCUCUCUACCAGAAAAAUCAAAUAAAUCAAAUUUAAGUCAAGGAAGUGCUAAUUGCAAUAAACAAAUAACAAUAAACUCGCUUUAAGACCAGUAAGUAUAGUAAAAAAAUUAUCAGCACAAAUAAAAUAACAAUAAUUUGAAUCCAAAUUAAUUUCAUUCAGCUUCUUACUAAGUUCCAAGCAGUAGCAGCAUAAAAACUCCUAAUUUUAAUAAUAACUAGCAGUAAUAAUAAUAAUAGCCAGUAAAUUUUAAUGCUUAAAAUUUCAAUAAUAAUUUUAGUAAUUAAACUAGUACAAACACUCCUAAUAAUAAUAAUCUUUCCAUUAACAAAUAAAAUAAUGUAUCUAUUUAAAUAUAGUAAUAAAGUCGAUCUAAUUAAAGCUGGAGUAAUUUACCAUCUCCAAAGCAUUUUAAUAACAUAAAUAAUACUGUUAAUUAGUAAGUCUCAACUCCAUAAAACGUGAAUAGUAAUAAUCAUUAAGCAGGUUAUAGCUAAUCAAGAAAUCAACUCUCCUAGUAGUAAUACUUAUCUCCAAAUCAAUAAAACUCUUAAUAAAAUUUUUCUAGCUACCUUUCACCUUAAAAAGAAGGAAAAACAUUUUCAAAUAAUAUCUACUAAUAAGGAAACUCUAAUUUUAAUUACUAAAAUCAACCCUAAUAAAAUUAUUAGUAGUCUUUACAAGACAGCUAAUUAGUUUAGCAAUUAAAUAGAAACUCAUUAUCAAGCAACAUUAAUAAUAAUUAUGGUUUUUAAAAUACAAACACUUAAAUGCCUGCUUACACAAUUUAAAAGAAACCCUCAUAAAAUAGUCUCAACGACAUGAAUUAAAUGUAGAGAAUGCCUUAGCAACCACCUCAGUAGUAAUAAUAGAAUUUUCAAAAAAUACAAUAGUAAAAUUAAUUUAAUGGAUUUGUUAACAUGCAACAAAAUACCUAAUCUAAUUAACCCUCUAUCAGAAAAAAUAGUGACAACAGCUUUAACUACCGUGAGAAUUAAACAAAAAAUGUGUAAAAUUAACAAUUAAAUUUUAAUAUGAGCGAAUCUUAACCAUAAUAAAACCAAAUCAAUAAUACUAUCAACCAGUAAUAACAAUAAUAAAAAUCCUCAGAUCAAAUUGUAACUUUUAAUAAUUUAUCUGAAAAGCUAAUAAAUAAUUAAAUUUCUAAUGGAUUAUAAUAAUAAUAAAAGUAAUAACAGACUUACUAAAAUGGGAAUUAAAUAAAUGGAUAAAUGCUCAAUAACAAUAAUACCCAAAUGAUGCAACAUCAAUAACUAAAUGGUAUUAACAAAAUUAGCAAAGUAAAUUCUCUAUAACUUGAAGAAAAUAAGGCUUAAAAUCAAGCUUAUUAAGGUUCUUCAACAACCAAAAACUAAUAAUAAAUUUAGAUCAGAAACUUCUAUUAGCAACAAAAUAACACUCAAUAAUCUACCUUUAAAUAAUUUGUAAAUAGAGAGAAUGGUAACGAAAAAAUGAAUUUAAAGCCAAGCAAUUCAAUAUCAGGAGAGUAAAAAUAAAAUGACGAUAACGAAAGUGAUGAAAGUAGUAUUUUAUCACUUACUUUAAUAGAUGAUUGA